AUGAGCUACGGCCCGCGCGCCCGCGACCCGCGCUUCGACGCCGCGAGACGCAAGUCCGCCGCCCACGCCCACGCCCGCGACGCCCAGGACCCCACGCUCAUCCCCGGCUCCUCGUACUUUGGCUUCCUCGGCCGCCUGCCCUUCAAGCUGGGCGGCCACGGCCUGCGCUACAAGCCCAGCGCCGCCGACCUGACCGACCACCCGGGCGCCCAGCACCAGCGCCGCAGCCUCGACGAGGAGCAGCCGCUGAUCGAGGACAGCGACGAGGACCGCGACGGGCACAGCGACCCGCACCGCGCCACCACCCUCGCCCACCCCGGCAGCGACGUCAGGACGCACCGCCGCGCCCGCAGCGACACGCACACCUCGGGCCACACCACCGACUCGUUCAGCUCGCGCGGCGACAUCUUCCCCUCCGAGGACGAGCUCGACGACGCCGUGCCCCUCGACGACGAAUUCACCAUUGCCCUCGAGCGCCGCACCACGGGGCAGUGGGACGACGGCGUCAGCCCUGGGAGCGGACGCAACACGCGCAGCAACAGCAAGCGCCCCAGCCGCAGCGCAAGCUCACGCACCGUCAGCAGCGGCAAGCGGAGCGACGACGACCCACGGCCGGCCCACGCAUCCAACAACAUCAUCGAGGAGGUCGACAUGGAUGCUGACCUCAACAUGCCCACCCUGGACGAGCUGUCCCGCGAAGAAGACCAGCUGCGACGAGCCGAGGAGGCAGGCGUCGCGCGCAAGAGACACGAAGCCAAGCAGCUGGCCCUCCAGCGCGGCCUGGCUCCCUCGGCGCCUGCAACACCGCACUCGACGAUGGACGGCCGCGAUGUAGCAGACUUUCCAUCCCCUAGCUCUAGCGAGCCAGUCCUUGAACAAGACGGGCUCCCACACGCACUCGAUGCAGGCUCGCCGGCGAGCACACGGCCUAGCACCGCGGUCAGACGGGGGGAUGCAGGUGUUGAUGCAGAUAGCAAAGCACACGUCCAAGCCGACGUUGGUGCAGAUGGAGACGCACCUGUAGCAGCAGAAGCAAGGCAAGGGCAAGAGGAAGAGCAAGAGAAGGCGCAAAGAAAAGCAGAAGAGCUAGAAGACUUCGUCCCAGCGCGAUUACCGCGUUUUGGCUAA